AUGAUUGCUGAGAUUUUCAUCACCUUGUUUUGUUUCUGUUCGCUCCAUCCUACUUUUGGACAGGACUGUCCGAGUAGACAGGAAAUACAGGGCUCUCUGAAGCAGGUCCAGAAACUUCUCUCAACCCAGGAAGCCUCUUAUUUGCAGAGUCUUCGCAACCUGAAGAAGAAAAUAAACCUGUUGCAGAGCAGCACUGGGAAGCAGACCACAAGAACCAUCAACAGUACCUGCCCAAGACUGGACGGGCCCAUCAAUGGGAGGAAACUCGGCAGGUCACACGCCGUGGGCCAUGAGGUUCACGUUUUGUGUGACCCUGGUUAUGAACUUGUGGGAUCAGAGAGCAGGGUUUGUCAGGAGAGCUUGACCUGGAGCGGCCAGCAGCCUACCUGCCGAGACAUCAAUGAGUGUGCGUCUUCUCCGUGCCUGAAUGGUGGGACAUGUGUGGAUGAAGUGAACCAGUUCUCUUGUGUCUGUGCCAAAGGCUGGGCCGGACUGACCUGUCAGAGCCCCGUGCCAACAUUCUUUGUCACCAUGACAAACACCUCUGCCGCCACCUCCCCAGCCACUGCCGCUGCUGCCACCCUGCCGGCUGCCACCAUGGGGCCUUUUGUUCGUCCAUCACGUUGCACUAUAAUGCAGGGGACCACCCACUGCACCUGUGAGCCAGGAUACACCAUCUCUGGCAGAGACAGCAACACCUGCACUGAUAUAGAUGAAUGUGAGCUGUUCCAUAAUGGUCAGGCUGGGAAACUGUGUUUACAUGCUUGUGUUAACACACCUGGAGGCUACCGCUGUUCUUGUCCUAUCGGAUACAAUGUGACUCGCGAUGGACGCAGCUGUAAAGACAUUGAUGAGUGUGCCACCAGACAAAACAACUGCACAAAGGACCAAAUGUGCAUUAACACAUAUGGUGGUUUCCAGUGUGUCCGUGUGGACUGCCCCAAAAUCCCUAAUGCUACGUAUGUCAAGACGUCGCCUAUGCGUUGUGAACGUAACCCCUGUCCUGUGGACAACAAGGCAUGUUCCCAGACCCCAAACUCCUUCUCCUACCAUUACCUGGCUGUCGUGUCAAACCUGUCAGCUCCUCGUGUCAUGUUCAGGGUCUCAGCAUUACGUCCAAUUGGAGACACGCUUCGCUUCUCCCUGCUGGGGGGAAGGCAAGCGCGACGCCACUUCACAGUCCAGCGUUCAGACCGUGGGACAGGUCAGCUGAUGCUGGUGGACCCUGUGCAGGGCCCUGCCACACUGGAAGCAGAAGUGGAGAUGAGCGAGCUGGAAAGACGAGUCCAGCUGGGGCGGUACAUCACCAAAGUCACCAUGUUUGUUUCCCAGUAUGAGUUCUAG